AUGGAGACGGAGAUAGGGGUGGAUACUGAUGCCAAGAAACAAACCCCCUUGCCAUGGCAAGUCGCGGCUGAGAAGUUGUUUAAGAGCGCCAAGAUGGAUGAAAAAGGGUGGUACGUAGCGAAGUCGGAUUCGGAGGAUGUGACAGCUUAUGAAAAAGAGGAGGAUGACGAGAUUAUGGGGGAGGAAUAUGAACCUCGGUGCCCCCCGAUUUUAUUUACUGCGGCGGAGAAGACACAGUGGCGACGGGAGUGGCGAUCAGCCUUAGUCGUGAAGGGUUUGGGUCGCCGAAUCUCUUAUCUGCCACGGGCUCAAAGACUGAACUACCUAUGGGCUCUGAAUGGUGAUAUUCAGAUAUCAGAUAUGAAGAACGAAUGUUAUCUCGUGAGGUUUCGUGAUCAGCGAGACUAUGACCUUGCCUCCACAAGUGGACCAUGGCUGUUGGGGGAUACAUAUUUAGCAGUCCAUCGCUGGUUCAAGGGUUUUAAUCCCUGGAAGUCGGAGAUUAAAUCAACCAUAGUCUGGGUCCAGCUACCAGAGCUUCCCAUUGAAUUUGUUAAUGCCGAAGCGGUGAUGAGGAUCGGGGGUCUCAUUGGGACACCAAUUAAGUACAAGGUGGAAGGGAUUACGUAUCUAAUUCAGUACAAGGGAUUGGAUAACAUAUGUGGGGAGUGUGGCAUGUAUAGGAAAUCGACUGCUAAGUGUACAUGUCAGAUCAUGACCUCGGAUAUUAAUGCGGAAGAGUGUGAGCAGGUCCCGGAGACCCAGCAGCCGGAUCCCACGAAUGGUAGAAUCUAUGGGGAGUGGAUGUCGGUGAUGCGAGGUAACAGGAGGCAACAGCGGAGACCUGAGAAUGGAAGUGGACAUAAUGCAAUUCACGUGAAGAAUGCAGUUCAUGUUUUACAUGAGGAAAUGCAGGAUGAGGUGAUAUCCAUUCAUGCAACGUCAGAAGAGGGAGGGGAGAAAGAGGCUGACAAAGUUAACGAGAUGACGAAUGAGAAGGAGGGGGACAAAGUAGGUGAAAAAUUGGGGAAGUCACAUGCCACGAAGGAGAAGGAGAUGCUAAAAAAGAAGGGAGGAGAAAGGCAGAAGGUCGAUGAUGGUCUAAAGAAUGGUAGGUCCGAGGGGAAGAAAGGGGGAAAACAACCGGCUGAAGUGGUGACAGGAGUGAGUCCGGGUGGAGGGGCGAAUGCCGGGAGAGAUAAGAACCGAAUAGCAAAGCAAAAGGAGGGUGGCGGAGGGUCUAAAAGUGCCCAAUCUGAACCGAGUAAACAAUCAGGAGUGCACGGAGGCAAUGCUCAUACGUCGUCAAAUAAAAAAAAUGGAAAAGGUGCGGGGAACCUAUCCCCUUUGGGUCAUAAAUGA